UACAGCGUGAGACAUGGAGGCCGCAGUGUGGCACGCAAAUUUCAUCCUGAUCUUGCUCUUUUGCUUUGCGUUAACAGGUGGACAAAAUAUGAGUGAUAAGUGUGAAUUAGAACAGAUACAUAACUGCAUCGAGCAAAAGUUUUUGUGCGGUGGAAUCGCCUCUGCAUUGCGACGAGCAGCACUUCGAGACGCAGACGAAACUCAAAGGAUCUUCUGCAGUGUCGAUAUCCCGGAGUGUACUUCUGGUCUCACUCACCCAGACUGCCCCGAAGAGAUUGUGGUUGGAGGAGCUUUGACAACAGAGGGGUUUAAAGCCCUCUGCGAGAACCAGGGAUUCCUCCUGAAAGCGCUCCUGAACGCCCACGAGUGCUGGGACAUUCUAGGCUUGACCAGCUGCAUCGAGGGACUCCUAUUGACGACUGAGAGCUACGACGUCUCGGAGCAGACAGAUCGAGAUUUGAAGUUGCUGAAAAACGAAUCGAACAAGUGUGCCACCCGUUUCAAGAUCGACAGUUCGGUGUGCUCCCAGGUCGACGGGAGUGCAAUGAAAAAACUGAUCCACACUGUCAUCGGACGCAUAGUGCCAGAGUACAACGCUGCCCCUCAAGCCUGUUCGAGCGCAGCAGCUCUUAUGUCUUUUCUCCUGGCUCUGGUCUUCACCAUUUGAAACUAGAGCCCUUGCCUCAUAUAAAGGAGUUUAAAUUAAUUUGUGAACCACCAGCGAGUCUCACUUUCCUAUCACUUCAGGCUUUGGCUACGCUCUAUUACAGAAUUUAUUUUAACUUCAAAUAAAGCUCAUUCAUGUGAA